AUCAGGAAGAGAGACCAGCAAACUGGUAAUAAUCUAAAACCAUUAGAUCUGCAUUAAAUAUCAAGGUGAGAGGCAUUCUGUAAAUAUCUGAGAUAGACUUACUAUAUAAGAUGCAGUUUCAAUAUACAAUUAGCAACUACUUCAUUCAGAAAUCAAAUUGUUUUUAUUACUGAGCAGAGCAUUUGGUAUAAGUCAAAAUCAUAUUACUUUAUUUGCUGUAAGAAGAAAGGGAAAGUUUUCCACUAAAAAGUUACUACAUGAGUAGUGAAACACAUCCUUUUGCCCAAAACUUUGGAAUUUAAGAUAGGAGAUAGAAACAAAACUACCCAAGAUUUGCAAGAACAAAUCCUAACAAUAAAAGCAUCUUUCUCCAGUUCCAGGAAGGUCUGCAAAGGAAAGUAGUGAAUCAUCUGUCAAACAUUCACAGACAUUAGAAGUUUCAUUUAAAGUAGGGGUACUGACAUCUAAAUUGGCUGAGGCUCAGAAGAGAAUAAAGAAAUCAAAUCAGCAGAAAACAGAACCUUAUACAACACUUAAUAGAGCCUAGGCCAAAAAAAGAGUUCUCACCUGUGAAAAAUUUAUUCAAAGCUGAAAUAUAAAAAUUAAAUUUCAGUUUAGGAAUAUGAGCUGCUUAACAUAGGGGAAGUCCAAUGAAAAAUGAAAACAUAUUUUGAUGGCCAAGCUUCUGAUAAGGAGUAUGAACGCGGAAAUCAGGCAUUGAUCACCAUGAGAGGCAUAAUAUACACUGCAUUGGGGUCAAUGAAAUUUGGAAUACAGCAGAGGAACAAGACAGUGAUAGUACAUGAGGGGAAACUGCCACCCUAGCCUAUGAUGCCCAGGCAGCAGCCAUUCCCGGGCCUUCACCACAUCCGAAGCCUGCGCGUUCCUGUUUUUGAUGACCCUUUGGAGGACUUGUAUAAGUAUUUUGAACAGUGCAACAAUGCCAUAGAGGACACAGUACGAAGUGGUGGAAAAUGCUUAGUUUACUGUAAAAAUGGCCGCAGCAGAUCUGCAGCGAUCUGCACAGCCUAUCUGAUGAGACACCAAAAUCUCACUCUCAAGGAUGCCUUUGAGACUGUGAAGACUGCCAGACCAGGAGUAGAGCCCAACACAGGAUUCUGGACUCAGCUGCAGCGAUAUGAAGAACAUUUACAGACGCAGCAUCAGUUGGGUCAUUCUUCUGAAAAAGUGAUUUCUUCCAAAUAAAUAUAAUUCUCAUUGAAAUUUUCUUUUUCAAAGUUUUAAACACAAUUGCUUCUAAAAGGCCUAGCAGGGCUGCAAAACCAACUAGAAGAACAUAAAACAUCCAGCCUUCUCAAUUUAUUUUUGAGGUUUGCAUGACAUUCAGAUUCUGCAGAUUAAGCAGAUGUUUAAAAACAUUCUAAACUUUAUGGGUGCAAAGAUAAUCUUCCAAAUGUGAACAGAGUGUAACCAAAGCAGUAUUAUUUUCCACGAUCCUGUAAACAGCCUACAACAAUGACACGAGGUGUGAAUUUCCUCAUUCAGCUCACUGAGGUGCUAACUUUAAAGUGUAAUGAAGACUCUAAGUAUUUAACUGUUGAUCAUUUUAGCAGAUGGAAUUGGGGUAGGAGAGCAGCCCGCAGGUGACGGAAAUUGCUGCAGGGAAAAAGGUGCAGAGUGAAGCAAGGAAGAGAAAUGAACAGGGAAGAGAGACAAACAUAAAGGAUAGGGAAGGAAGAAAAACAAAGGGAAAAAAUAGUGGUGCAGUCCUAAUGGUGAGCAUAUUUUCCCAUUGAGUGAUGCUACAUAUGACAAUAGGGUACUGAAUAAAUAACUUU